GCCGCGGUGGGAAGUUAGCGGUCCCUCUGGAGAAGUUGAGGUGCCUGGUUGCCUGGGCGGCGUCGGUGUCGGUGUCCGUGGCGAUGUUCCCGUCAGAGGCAGGCGCCAGGCCGCGGGCAUGCGAAGCCAGUGCCUCGGAACGCAGGAAAUGGGUGGAAGUAUUUAAAGCUUGUGAUGAAGACAACAAAGGCUACUUGAGCCGAGAGGACUUUAAGAUUGCGAUUGUAAUGCUGUUUGGAUACAAACCCUCCAAGAUAGAAGCGGACUCUCUGAUGUCUUCAGUAAAUCCCAACACUUCUGGCAUAUCACUUGAGGGGUUUCUGCAUGUCGUACAGAGAAAGAAGGAAGCACAGCUCUAUCGUAAUGAGAUAAGGCACAUCUUCACGGCUUUCGACGUGCACUAUCGUGGAUUCUUAACUCUAGAAGAUUUCAAAAGGGCGUUUAGUCGAGUGGCUCCCAAGCUACCGGCGAGGACAGUGCUGGAGGUGUUCAGGGAAGCAGAUCAAGACUCAGACGGUCACGUCAGCUUCCGAGACUUUGAGUAUGCCAUGAACUAUGGACAGGCAAAAUGAAGCUGGACGCUUGUGGACUACCUUGGGCAAUGCCGGACAGACCAGUGAAUUGUAAUCUAGGUGAAGGCCACACAGACCUCACUCUUUUGCCGUGCUAUCUGCUUAUGAGUAAGCUCUUCGUCACAGUUUUUGAAUGCUGAUAUUGGACCUAGAGGUAGGAAUCUCUUUCCAUGUGUCUAAGAGCCCUGAGUCCGGCUGCUGUUGCUGGCCCCUCCACCCAGUGUUUUUAUCCUGUGAGCUCUCCAUUCUUCAGACUGUGAAUUCCACUCCUUGCCUGCUUGGGUCCCUAGCUCUUAUCGGCUCUGGGGAGGGUUAGCUUUGAUCUGCUAGUGGUGUCAUCGUCCUUCAUUUGCUCAACUUUGGUUGAAUGUCAAGCUUACUGCCAUCCAAGCAAUGCGCAAACACUAGGAAAACAAAGGCUUCUCUUAUAAAGUCCCUGAAGCGCAACUCUGGCGGAGCACUCACUGGGUGUGCAGAACACAGCAAUCGGCUCAGACCAGGCGGCCAGCCAUUAUUUAUACAGAGAAAACCAGAAUGCAACUUGGGUCUUAAUGAGCAAAAGGGUGUGAUUUUGGGGUUCCUUUGAAUAACCUGAACCUGGGCUUCCUGCUUUGGAGACACUCGUCUGAGCUGGCCAACAGCCCUCUGCUGCAUUCUGGUUCAAGGAAGUCUGGCUGUACACUUGAAGUUCAACCAUCCCAAAGUUAGGAGUCUCCACACCCUACCACAUCCCUGGGAUCCAGUGACUACUUUCCUGGAGCAAAUUGAGACACUGAGCAUAUAGCAUAGCAUCUAUUAAAAAUAAUUCUUAAAUACUGAUCUUGCCAUUGUAAGUGUUCAGAUUUUACAACAUUAACAUUUCUAAAAGAAAUUAAUGUAAUUUGUUUUUAAAGUGCUAAACAUUAAAAGAUAAAGUAAAAUUAUAAAUUUGUGUAGCAAGCAUUAAGCAAGCUUCAUGCUCACAUAAAUUAUUAGCAGAUAGCCUUAAGAGAAAUAAAGGUUUAGCUGUGAUAAACCAGAGAAACCUAAGAAUAUGGGAUGACUAAAUGUGAUUUGUUCCCCUAGAUGGGCCUCUAGGAACAUACAGUAGAGAUGAGCAGAGCUCGGGCUUUCUCUGCUGCUUCUAACAGUGUGGAGACUAGGUGAGGGGCAUAUAGGAGCACCACCGUUUCCAUGAUUCUUCUGUAAAUCUAAAAUUAUCCCAAAACAGAGUUUGUUAAAAAUUAAAGGCUUGUUCAAACAUUCAUAAACUAAAUGAAGAAGCAAUGAAAAUCUUUUCUCAACACGAAUGAAAUAUUACUUCAAAGACAGAAAUGGUUGUUGGUAUCAUUGAGAUGUGUGUAUGAUUUUGUUCACAGUGUUCCAGUUUGACUUUGCUCAGCAAGUGUUCCCAUUAUAGUAGACAGACUGAGUCAUUAAUCUUGGUCUCAAAACAUAAAAGAGAUACUUUAGAUUUCUUAACUAUAAAAUAAACAAACCAAAAAAAAACCCACAAAUAGUAUUUAUUGACAGAGCCAUUCUUUCAGUAAUGGCCAGAGUCCCAAAACUUCUGUUUGGCACUCCUAUCUGUCAUCUGUCUCUCCUGAGAAAGAUGACAAGGGAAAAGGAGGAGUCACUUCCAUGGAUGUAGGAAGCAGGUGGUGAGUCUGGGAAUGUCUACUGAGCAACUCCCAUGACUCUAGGUUAGCCAAGACAUUUUAUCUCAAUGACAGAAAACUACUCAAUGAACACAAAAAUAAAUAAAUAAAUAAAGUAAAAUAGUAUCUUCCCUCUGCAUUAAAAUUCCUGUAUGAGAAAUUCUGGAAAGCAAUAUGAAUAGAAUACAACUAAGAUUUGGAUCCAAAAGAGAAAAAAAAGAAUUUACUUUGAAAAAGGAAAAAGAAAAGAAAUCACUGAAUUAACUUUCUGAGACCUAAGAGAAGGAGGUAGGGGUGCAGCUAGGCCUCAGGAUCUACACUAGCACCUCCAGAUUCCCCCCUUCUUCCUGUAGUUACCAACAACAUUUCACCAUCCUCAAAGAACUGGUCCAUGAUCCAUCCAGAUCCAAGCUCAGAGCAUCUACAGAUAGGCUCUGGUUGACCACACUCAACUCUGGUUCGUCCAGAGGGUAUGGGCAAGUCCCCUGUGGGUACUCAAGUGCAUGCGGCCAGGGCUGGCCAUAGAGGAAGAUAACCUAGGCAGCCUUUCUGGUUGGGACCUCUUCUAAGACGAUCCACAUCCCUGAGUUUGCUACUCAGGAGCAUCGAGGUUCUCUGAGGAAAGAACAAAGAAAGGGUGACAGACAAGCUGCCGUUACCCCUCGCUUUUAGGAUUCAUCCUCUUCCUUGUCUGGGAGGAGCUUUCCCCAUCCUCUCUCUUCCAGAUCCCAGCCCCAACACCACUGCCUGUGCAGUAUGACCUUGCUGGUCUGAUCCCCGCUGGGUGAACUAACGUAGGCAUCUGCUCAAGCUGACGAACUCAGUCUCAGCUCUCGGAGGACAUCGAGACUAUAACUGCAGUUAUGUUCCUCUGUGUGCCUGAGCAAGGGACAUGACUCAAGAGUAGGGAGCAGCCAUGUUUUCAGUCACGUGGCCUGGAAAAUCGGAGCAGCUGGUUUGCAGUGAGCAGAGAGGGGCUUAAAAAUAGACAGCGGAGGGAGCAGUAAGAGAGGAGCAGCCCUGCAGUGCUUGGUUUCUGGUUAGAGCUUAUGUGCGAGACUCAGUCACAGCCCUUGGGUCCUGUGAGGUAACUGCAUCCUUCCAAUAAAUCUUUCCGCUCAAGCCAGCUGGAGUGACUUUCUGUUAUUUGAAACCCAGUGAGCCUUCACUUUUGUGAGCUUCCAGCCAAGGACAGAGUCCUGAGUGAGAUUAGCAUUUGUAGGGCAGCAGAAACAAAAAGCAGCAGUUGAAGGUGGGAUGGAUAGUCCCGUCAUUCCCAUCCCAGCCUUCCUGUGAGCCCCUCGCUGGCUCAGCGCCGGGUUUCCCUGCUACUGCAGCUUUCAGAGCAGUUGCCCACGAACCACGACAGCACCAGUUCCUCUCAGACCUCAGCUCAGGUCCCUUCUCUUGGGUCUGAGGUAGUGGCACAGCCUUUGGACAGGUUCAUUGUGGUAUUUCUGUACUGUUUUUUCCAGUUGCCUGUCCCAGAACCAGUCUAUAAGGGAGAGGGUUUUCCCAUGUCCUUAGCUGGCCAAUCGUUCUUCAUCAACAUUCCCCGAGGAUGAUUCCAUCCACUGCCAGGAGCCCAGCUAUCGCCUUGAUUGAUACGACUCCAUAAACAAGGCUUUAUCUUUGAUCGUGACCUCUGCUCAACUCCAAGCCUGGUUUCCCUCCCUUGUCAGACGUUCCCCAUCUCGGUGCAGACUCGCUGAACUAAAAUCAGAUGCAUUGUUCCCCCAAUUUUCAAAAUUGUUCUCCUAGCCUGUGUUUUCUAUUUCUGUUGAUGACAGCCUCCCUGCCCAUCCCCCACCCAAGCUGUCAUCCAAGCCAGCUGCCUCAGAGUCUCCCCUUCUCCCCAUCUUGCUUGGCUCUAACAGUCAGUCACCAGAUCCUUUGGAGCAUGUCCUUGUAAAUCCUUCCUGGUUUAUUUUUGUUGUUGUGUUUGUUGUUUUUUUUUUUUUUCCAUUCCAUCCUGAUCUUUCUGCCCAGGUCCUUAAUCCUGGCCAGUUCUUCCAUCCAGUGACGUGUUCCUUUACUUCUUCAUGUAGAGAUGAGCGCAAGGUACACAAAUACUGCUGUCAAGGAAUUUUCAUCUGGCAUGUCAGGGACAUUCCUUAAGCACAAACAAAAUGACUUUCUUCUACUCAGGCUCUCUGUUCUGUUGGACAGUGCCUAACCCUGUUGAAAAUGCCCACUCAAAGCACUUUAUGUUUUCAGUAUUGUUGUCCAUGAUUCCCCCUGCCAUGUCACCCAGCAAUCACAGAGACACAAGCACAGUCCCAUCACCUAAAAAUACAAAAAUGGCAGCAAAUCUUUACUCAAAGUAGAACAGUAAUAAUCUCAGGAUUAAUAUCUGAUGAGAUAAUAAGAAAGUGAAACAAUGAAAAAAUAAAACUUAGGGCCUUGGAAGAUAGCUCCGUCUGUGCCCACAAGCAUGAGGACCCAAGUUCGAUCCCCGGAACGUACCCUAGAAAGCCAAGUGUGCUGGUAUAUAAUCCCAGCACCAAAGAGACAGGAUGAUUCCCCAGAGCUUACUGGCCAGCCAGCCUAGUCUAACCACUGAACUCAAGGAAAGAUUGAGCCUGUCUCAGAAAACAAUGGAUGUUUCCUGAGGAGCAAGACUAGAAGUUGACCUCUGGCUUCUAUGGCCCCCACACAUGUGCACACAUACCUAUAUGUACACAUUCACAAAUGCACUUAUAUGUACCCCCAAAAAAGUAAGAAAGAAAAGAAAACAGCCCAGGUAUGGUGGCACAAGUCUUUAAUGCAACAUUUGGGAAGAAAAGCAGAAUUGCUUCUUACUUGAAUCUAGUAUGGUCAGCAUACUAAAUUCCAGGCCAGCCUGGGCUUCUUAGGGAGAGUCUGUCUCAAUAAAUAAAUGAAUAAAUAAAUAAAUUUCAUUUUAAAAAAACAUUGAAAAGUUGAGUGUGGUGGUCCAUACUUGUCAUCUCAACACUUGAGAGAUACAGUCAGGAGGACCACCUGUUCAAGACCAGUUACAUAGCUGAGCUAAAGCUAAACAAGGCUACAUGAGACCCUGUUAAAAAAAAAAAAAAAGGAAAAAUAAACACUAACUAUUGGUUCCUACAUCCUAACAAACAUUUGUUUCUUUAGUUGUCUUUUUAUGAGACUAAUGCUGGGUAUUUUAUUUUAUUUCUAAAAUUGUUAAAAUAAAUACCAGCCCCCUCCCCACUGCUCCCUCUAGUAAAUGAGGAAGCAGUCUCAGGAAGCAGCUCAGGCCAAGUUAUAGGGGUACGUGGAGAGAGUAAAGGUAAGGUAAGUAUUCCAGCUGAUCAGCUUACAACAGACAAACUAUCUCACUUGGCCGUAACAGAAGCCCAUAGUCUAUAGAAACACUUCGUUUGCAACCCAAAUGAGGUGACCCAGGUUCAUUCAUUCAAGGGUUUCACAUGGAAGGUGUUCAGAAUCAGUUCCCAUCUUAUGUACCACCAAAGAAGUAGCCAGAGUUACAAUCGAUUAAUAACCAAACUCAGCUAUAGAGACCAAAGAUGGAAGGUACUCUAGACCCUGGAGCCAUUAUUCAAAAAGGAAAGUUCUAGAAAUGCUCUGUACAACAGAAGCAUUUUCGCAUGGGUAUGCAUUCCCGCUAAGCAACACUUCUCUGGCGUAUAAAGUAUAAAUAAUACAUAUCCCCAGUCAUUGUACUUGGUAUUCAUGGUAUAAUUCAUAAUCUAAGAUUAAUAAAAAUGAGCUUUGUUACUUUUCUUGACUUCUAACUUUUGAAAAAUUUGACAAUAUGGAAUUAGACAAUCUCUUGAUGCACACACGCAGAUUGAAAUUCAGAGCUUAGUGAAAGUGAUCAGUGAGUAGAAUGCUUUCCAUGCAAGCAUGAAGCCCUGAGUUCAGUCCCUAGGACCUGUGUGAAAAGCCAGUGUGGCGAUGUGUACCUGUAACCUCAACACUGUGGAGAGGGAGUCAAGAACAUCCCAGGGCUUGCUGGCCAGCUACUCCAGCAAGGUCUGUUGUGAGCAUUGGGUUCAGUAAGAGAUACUGCCUCAAAAAAUAAGGUAUGGAGCAAUUGAGAAAGCACCUGAUGUCUACCUCUGGCCUCUACACACACACACACACACACACACACCUGCACAUAUAUGUAACCACACAUAUGGACAUGAGCACAUGCAUAAAAUAAAUAAGGAAAAAUGAUAAUUUCUUUUAAAAGAAAUCCAUUGUCAUUAAGUAGCUUAUAGUGACUUUUCUUUUGUAAAACAAAUUUAGCUUGGGUUGGCUAUGAGGAUUGAAAAUAGCCCAUAAACAAUCUAACACAAUAAAAUAUAGUAUCUAAUCUGAAUUCUCUUGUUAAAUUGAUAAAGUAGUUAGAAACAUGAAUAAAAGAGAACAUUGUUCUAACUUCGGAGAAAAGUACAGAUUAGUCUGUAUGAAAACAUGGGCUAAAAUUGAAAUACAGCUCCUACUUUAUGAUUUACCAAUUCUUAAAGACUCAACUGAGAGCAAAACAGUUAAGCUUUCUAAAAUAUAUCACUUCAAAAGGAGCCAUUCCAAUAAUAUUGAAUUUAUAGAAAAAAAAAAAGACCAAGGGAGUGGAAAUAUAUUAAACAUAUUGUCAUAGCAACAGUCAUUGGGAGGCAGAAGUUGGGUCUGGGCAUCUUUCUUAUUUUGAAUAAGAAAGGCAAGCUUGAUUUCGAAUGACUUUUCUAAGGUCAGAUGUCUUAGAGAUGGUACUUGAGUCAAUUUCUUUAACAAGCUUUCCCUAUUGCCACUGACUGGUAUUGGACUCCUCCCUUCCUCUCUCUCUUUCUUUCUCUCCUUCCCUCCCUCCUUCCCUUCCUCCCUUUCUCUUCCUUCCUGUUCUCUCUAUCACAGCCAUAAAUAGAAUUGCAUUCAUUGGGCCACUUAAGAUUCAGCCUGACCAUGUCUUAGCUAAUACCCAGACACAUAUCAGCAGAAUUUCUUCUUUGUACCAACAGAAAACGGGGCUCUUUAUGCUUUUCAUCACAUGGAAACCUCUUGGCCAUUAUCUCUGCAGAAGUUCUUUCACUGCCCAGUCUUAAAGACAGUGUCCUAUCAGACUCCAGUUGCACAAGCUCUGUGUGGGUGGCUUAUCUAACAUGUCUCUUGUUCUCUAUUCUCUCCUCUUCUUGUGCAUGUUCUUUCCCCCUUCUCUCUCUAUUUUAGUUGAUUACUAUCUAGUCCAUUCAAUGCCAAGAGUGAAUGCAAAAUGGCAUAGCCCUUUUGGAAGACAGUCUCAGAAAACUGAACAUGGGCUUAUCACAUGACCCAGAGAUCAAGCUCCCAGAUAGUUUACCAGCUGAUUUGAGAACGCAUGCCCAUACAGAAUAUUUAUAGCAGCUUCAUUCAUAAUUCUUAAAAAAAAAACAGAAAUAACCAAGAUGAGCCUUCUAAGAACUGAGUGGGUAGUCUGUAAGUACCUGUACCAUCCUCUUCGAAACUGUCAAGGUCAUCCAAAGUAAGGAAGCCUGAGAAAACUCCAGCGUUGUCUAAGAAACCCCUAGAGCUGCAUAAGAAGCCAUGGUGACCAAAUAUGACCGGCUGAAUGGAAUUCUGGGACAGAAAGGAGCCAUGAGAUGAAAACACAGGGAAGCUGAACAAAGUAUGGGCUUUAGUUAGUCAGAAUGUACCUGUCAGAGUUCACUGAUUGCAGCAAGCACCUGUUCUAAAGCCAGAAGCACAAUGUCAGGGACACAGGAACUGCCCAUACUGUCUUUGUAGUUUUUCUGUAAGUAUAAAGCUGUUCUCAAAGUAAGUAAAUUUGUUAACAGCUCAGAUCUUGAUAUGUGGUAGGCAUCAGAUCCCUUGCCACUAUUUAACUUUACAGUAAGAAUAUUAAUAAAGUAUGUAAAGGUGGUAUAUAACAACUCAAAAUAACAUUAAAGGAUAUAUUCGCAAAACCAAGCAAAACUGGCAGGGGCUGAUGAGAUGGCUCAGUGGGCAAAAGCACUUGCCAUACAAAGUGGAAGGAAAGAACCAGGUCUCCAAAAGUUGUCUUCUGACCUCUACACGAGUGCCAUGACACACAUGCACAUAUGCACACGCACACACACACCCCUACACCCUACAUCAUACACAUACAUGAUAAUAAUAAUAAAAACGUUAGACAACCACUAUGGCAAUUUUAUAGGCCUCUGUGUGGGACUUGCUAAGGCCAAACUUGUGGGCUCAGAUCUUUGGUGUAGAGAAGUAUGUUCUCAGCCUGUUGUGUGAUUUCGAUUGGUCUCUGACAAAGAAGAGACUGUGUGUAUUUUAAAGUACCUACUUCGGAUUACAGUUGCAGAUUACUGAAGAAACAGAAAGUCCCCACCACUCUAUCUUAUACUCCCAACAUACAUUUCAAGGACAGUGUUGAGAAAGCCAUAAUGAGCAAGACACCCAUAUGAUAUAAUUCCUAGAUAGCCUUGGGGGCAGGUCAGAAAGGCACGUUCACAAUAGACCACCCCAGCUUACCACUGUUCUGCCUGCGCACCUAGUAACGCCUUAGCUUGUGCCAGAGUUACAGCCUCGAAACCCAGCAUAGCCAUGGAAGAUAGCUAUAGAACAAGUUGUCUCACAGAGCUAAUUUGUCUUUCAUGGAAAGUGGGGGGUGGGGAGGUAUGGGUGUGUGGUGUAAAUGUGGUUUUUUUUUCUGUGCAGGUAUACAUGCGCUUGUGUGUGUUUGCAAGUCAGAGAUCAGUUGGGUGUCUUCCCCAGUCUCUCUUCACCUUAGUUUUUGAGUCAGGGCUCUAGCUGCACCUGAAGCUUGCCUGUUCAGCUAGACUGACUGCCAGUGAGCCCCAGGUCUUUUGUCUCUUCCUUCUGAGCACUGGGAUCGCAAGCAUGCACCAGGUCCAGCUUGUUCAUGGAUGCUGGGGAUGGAGCUUAUGUCCUUGUACUGCAAGCAGAGUAAUCAGUAUUGGCAGAUUGCUCGGCCACAAACAGGGCAUCUAUCUCACAGCCCAUCCCCAGAGGCUCAGGGACCAUCACAGAGCAAGGGGCAGAAAGAUGGUAAGGGCGGGGAUACAGGAGGACACGAAUGGAAUAGUGACUUCUGGACUUGCUAGGCCUAGCCUUGCUCAUAAACCCAGAGGAGCUGCAGUUACCUGCAGCAGCCCUGCUCCUACACCCUCCAGCCAUUAUUUCCACAUGGAGGGGCUUACAGCACCCAUUCAUAGCUGAGGAGCUAUUGACAUUUGAUGACUUUAGAGAAAACCCAGUUUUCUUUAAAGACGCGGCCUCUUUUUUGUCCACCACACUCCGGUGGGUGACUCCACCCCUAUGAGCAUAUGGGUAGCUUAUACUAGACUCAAUGGGUUAUAUCUUCGUUUAAAAAGAUGUGAACUUGGGAAGGGGUAGGAGAUGAAG